UUGAACCGUGUUUAUUUAAUGCUUCGCGCUUCUUUGGUCUAAAGAUUAGCAGUAAAAUCGAAUUUUUGUUAUUUUGUGAAUAAACCAACAUUGCAGAAAUAAAACUGAACUAGCUCUUCCUAUUUUUUGAUUAACGCAAGAGUAUUAACUUGUUCUCUGUAAUUAGCGAUAACCCUGCGGGGGAUUGUUUAGUCCCCAAGGCACUACCAAAAAUGACCCCCUUUUUGUCCUCAAUAAUCGUUCUCCAGCUACUGAUGUCAUCUGCUUCGGGCUCUGCGGUGGCCAAUCUGAGCUACGUCUCCCGAACGACAGCCGACAUCACAGUGCAGCUGGACGGCGCCCAGUAUGAUUUCAACCAGAUAGACUGCGUAUCCGCCUGUACUCUGCACGGGGGUGUGGCUAACGAGAACUUCACAGUGGCCAUCAAACAGAUCAUGUCAGCCAGUCCGGCCGCCACCCAGUACACUUUCCAGAUCACGAGCACGAAUUCUUCCGACAACACACAAACUUCAAACGUCAAUCUUACCUUCUGUACUUUGCCAGAAAAACCAGUCUUCAGCAAUCUAGCAGGAGGACAAAUCACCGGAACCUCAAUAAACAGCAUAGUUGUGGCUGCAGUCACGACACCAGUAACUGCCGAGAAUACGGGAACGAUGGGAAACUAUAAGCUAACUUCGGCAGACGGAACUGCUGCUCCGGACCCUGCAGCACCAGCUGUGGACAUGACCGUAUCUGGACUGACAGCGGGAACGAGCUAUGAUUUACUAUUUGUGAACGAACUUACACUGUGUGGCUCGCCCACUGACAGUGCAGAAACUGCAGUUGCGGAUGUCUGCACACACCCAGACAAGCCAGUAAUUGCAACUACGGUUUCGACAUUGAAUACAAUUGUGAUCAACGGUUCUGGAAUAACGACCUCCCCUGCUACAAACUUCGACAAGUUUUCCGUAACGGCAAUCACACCCGAUUCCAGCCCGGCAUUCAAUCGUACUGUCACUGGUUCUUUCGCUACCACGGGUGACCUUGAAAUAACUGGUCUGGCUUCGGGAACCCAGUACACUAUUGAUGUUGUGACGGAAGUGGGAUCGGGUACCACCCCUUGCGCGAAUCCUAGUUCAAUAGACAGUGCUGUUGAGCAGAUUACAGUUUGCACACCGCCUGGUGCUCCUGAAUUCACCAAUUUGGCAGGUGGUCAGGUAGUUGGAGCCACAAAUGACAGCAUUGAAGUGAACGCUCAGACAACUGCGGUGUCAGUGACCGGAGGAGUCAUGGGUCAGUACAGUCUGGCCACAAUCACCCCAACUCCCACCGGGUUUACAUUCCCAGCUGACACUGCCAACAACGCAAAGAUGACAAUCGGAAAUCUGGAAGCAGGAACAAGUUAUGACUUGAGCUUCGUGAAUGUUCUGACCUUGUGCACAGUUGAGACGAAUAGUACUGCCACAGACGUUACAGAUGUUUGCACGAAGCCAGACGUACCAGUUUUGGCUACUGUCGUUUCAACUACCACCAGCAUCAUCAUCAACGGAAGUGGAGUCUCAACUCCUGGAAGUUCCAAUUUUGAUAAAUUCUCUGUGACUGCCAUCUUGCCUGAUUCCAGUCCAACGUUCAACCGUGCAACUACGGGUUCAUUCACCACUGCUGGUGACCUUGAAAUUACUGGUCUAAGUCCCGGUGUCCAGUACACGAUCGAUGUUGUGACUGAAGUAGGGUCGGGCACUACGCCUUGUUCCAAUCCAUCUACAGUUGACAGUGAUGUAUACCAGUUCACUUUUUGCACACAACCACAAGAACCGGAUGUCUCUGCAGUUACAACUUUCACUGAAACCGAGACUUCGAUUCAAAUACAAGGAUCCGGGGGAGCUUUCGCUGCCCAGGGUACAGGAAGCCUGGACAAGAUCUAUUUUGGAGCAUCCAGUCCAGCUGGUGGUGCUAACUCGGAUGGGUUGUUGGAUCUUAAUGUUGACUUUAAUGUAACUUCUCUUCCAACGCCAGGAACCAAAUACAAUUUGACCUUUUUCGGACAUAUCACGUGCGGAGGCAGGAAUAGCAGUGACGCUGCAACUCUGGUCGACCUUUGCACGCAACCGGAAGCCCCUAACGUGAUAAAUGCCACUGUGACAAAUGGCACUCUGAAAGUCCUCGGAUCCAAGGUGUCGGUCACUAAUGGUGAAAUUGAGAAGUUCAACAUAGUUGGAGUUGCUCCGAAUCCAGGCACCUGGGCGUCGGCAGGAGCUGUAAAUGCCGGGCCGUCCGAAACUACAGAUAUCACGAUAACAGGCCUCGAAGCUGGAACCCAGCAUACGAUUGAUGUCCAGUCGCUCUUGAGCACUGCCACCGGUUGUUUGAAUGGAGAGAUUUCAAGCGAAAGCAGUUCCCACAAAGUUUGCACAACUCCAGCAAUCCCGACAAUUGGGUUGAAUGCGACUCAAUAUACGAAUCAAAUUCAAAUCGAUACAGUCGCUGUCUCCGAAGGAAGCUACGACACUUUUGUCGCAAGUGUAGACCCUGCACCUGCCCCAUUUUCGAACUCCUCCAGAACUAACCAGUCCAGUUUGCCCCUGAUGUUGACCAACUUGGAUCCCGCAUCUACCUAUUCUGUGAUUGUGUAUGCUGAAAUAGGCAGUAAGACAGACUGUGGGAUCAGUGUGAAGGGAGACUUAGUUGCUAUUGGAUAUGAGACUGGAUGUACUUUGCCCAGCCCACCAGAUUUCACCGGACCACCAGUUGUAAGCAUCACCGGAACCAGCAAUACUGAAAUUUUGGUUGCCGCGGAGGUGAACGCUGUAACAGCUACAAGUGGACCGAUGGGCCAGUAUAAACUAACUGCGUUGUCACCUGACCCAGCAGCCGAAACGAUCACCCCGAACCCCUCUAAUAACGACACGAAUAUGACAAUUGGUGCCUUGUCUCCUGGUACGAGUUACAAUCUCACCUUCGUGAAUGUGAUCACACUUUGUGGUUCACCAGCUGAGAGCCCAGUUACAGAAGUAAUUGAAGUUUGCACAAAGCCAGACGUACCAGUUUUGGCUACUGUCGUUUCAACUACCACCAGCAUCAUCAUCAACGGAAGUGGAGUCUCAACUCCUGGAAGUUCCAAUUUUGAUAAAUUCUCUGUGACUGCCAUCUUGCCUGAUUCCAGUCCAACGUUCAACCGUGCAACUACGGGUUCAUUCACCACUGCUGGUGACCUUGAAAUUACUGGUCUAAGUCCCGGUGUCCAGUACACGAUCGAUGUUGUGACUGAAGUAGGGUCGGGCACUACGCCUUGUUCCAAUCCAUCUACAGUUGACAGUGAUGUAUACCAGUUCACUUUUUGCACACAACCACAAGAACCGGAUGUCUCUGCAGUUACAACUUUCACUGAAACCGAGACUUCGAUUCAAAUACAAGGAUCCGGGGGAGCUUUCGCUGCCCAGGGUACAGGAAGCCUGGACAAGAUCUAUUUUGGAGCAUCCAGUCCAGCUGGUGGUGCUAACUCGGAUGGGUUGUUGGAUCUUAAUGUUGACUUUAAUGUAACUUCUCUUCCAACGCCAGGAACCAAAUACAAUUUGACCUUUUUCGGACAUAUCACGUGCGGAGGCAGGAAUAGCAGUGACGCUGCAACUCUGGUCGACCUUUGCACGCAACCGGAAGCCCCUAACGUGAUAAAUGCCACUGUGACAAAUGGCACUCUGAAAGUCCUCGGAUCCAAGGUGUCGGUCACUAAUGGUGAAAUUGAGAAGUUCAACAUAGUUGGAGUUGCUCCGAAUCCAGGCACCUGGGCGUCGGCAGGAGCUGUAAAUGCCGGGCCGUCCGAAACUACAGAUAUCACGAUAACAGGCCUCGAAGCUGGAACCCAGCAUACGAUUGAUGUCCAGUCGCUCUUGAGCACUGCCACCGGUUGUUUGAAUGGAGAGAUUUCAAGCGAAAGCAGUUCCCACAAAGUUUGCACAACUCCAGCAAUCCCGACAGUUGGGUUGAAUGCGACUCAAUAUACGAAUCAAAUUCAAAUCGAUACAGUCGCUGUCUCCGAAGGAAGCUACGACACUUUUGUCGCAAGUGUAGACCCUGCACCUGCCCCAUUUUCGAACUCCUCCAGAACUAACCAGUCCAGUUUGCCCCUGAUGUUGACCAACUUGGAUCCCGCAUCUACCUAUUCUGUGAUUGUGUAUGCUGAAAUAGGCAGUAAGACAGACUGUGGGAUCAGUGUGAAGGGAGACUUAGUUGCUAUUGGAUAUGAGACUGGAUGUACUUUGCCCAGCCCACCAGAUUUCACCGGACCACCAGUUGUAAGCAUCACCGGAACCAGCAAUACUGAAAUUUUGGUUGCCGCGGAGGUGAACGCUGUAACAGCUACAAGUGGACCGAUGGGCCAGUAUAAACUAACUGCGUUGUCACCUGACCCAGCAGCCGAAACGAUCACCCCGAACCCCUCUAAUAACGACACGAAUAUGACAAUUGGUGCCUUGUCUCCUGGUACGAGUUACAAUCUCACCUUCGUGAAUGUGAUCACACUUUGUGGUUCACCAGCUGAGAGCCCAGUUACAGAAGUAAUUGAAGUUUGCACAAGACCCGAUGCACCAAUAGUGGCAACUCUCUCUUCCACCACUGAUAACAUCACCAUUGCAGGAAGUGGAGUUUCAACUCCAGGUGCAACCAACUUUGACCUCUACGCCGUCACCAGCAUUGCCCCGGACUCAACCCCGGCCUACAAUAGGGCAACCACUGGGUCCAGGAACACAUCUACAGAUCUGGAUUUGACUGGUCUGGCUAGUGGGACGGAGUUCUUGAUCAAAGUGGUGACAGAAGUUGGAUCGGAUGGCACUGCCUGUUCGAAUCCGAGUACAGUUGACAGCGAGGAGACAGAUGUCGUGUAUUGCACGUAUCCCGACGUGCCAACUGGUUUUGCUCAAGAGACUUCACUCUACGCGACAGACAACGGGAUAAUGAACUGGACAGUGACUAAUUUCGACCACCGCAUCAUGAAGGAGGGAGACGCCGACUUCACCUACCUGGCCAACCAGACAGACUCAUUCAAUUUCUCCUCCCUCACCCCUGCCAACUGUGUGAAGGCAUACUUGAAAGCUGUGUUCAACUGUUCCAACGCUCAGCAGUUCGAAAGCGAGAAUGUCACUACUGAUUUAUGCACAGCCCCCACUCAGGCUAACUCGACAGUUCUGGAUCGGAACACGACUGCUCUUCUGAUCUCAUUGGAUACUGUCACAGCCCACACUGACAUAGUGUACCAAGUGCUGUACGAUGAGAACGGAAACACAGCUUACACUAAUGACUCAGAGGAGGCGCCUGCGACUCAUGUUGUGGAACCACUUCAGAGCUGUACGGGAUAUGACAUUGUAGUGAUUCCUUUCUACAAACCGGCCAGUCCGACUGUUAAAAUUCCAGGAGAAAAUUUCACGCUCACAAAUGAAUUCACGUUGCCUGCCGACGUGAAUGCAACUUCUCUGAACCAGUCUUCCACCUCUACAACUGGAUUCCUAAUCAGUCACAUGGAAACACAGGACCAAGGAAACUGGCAAGUGAUCACUCUUCUAGCAAACAGCUCCGACACCGGGUGUGCCUCGGAGGAACUGAACGUGACGAACCCUGGCAUUGCUAACUUCACUGGUCUGGAUCCAGGGUGCAACUAUGACAUAUAUGCAUUUGCAAUAUGCGACAAUGACAAAGUUUCCGCGAAUGUCGUGCAGAGCUCGGAGUGUACAUUGCCCGUGACCCCUGUGCCCUCGUGGCAGACUGCGAACACGUCUUCCUUCACCUUCAGCUGGACCAACCAGAGUCCGAGAGUCGCUUCCAGAUACGAGUACCGCAACAGCUCCGGCGGAAGCUGGGGAAACAUCUCCUCUACUCCCACUACAUACACGGACAUUGUUGAUUUCGGAACCUGCUAUGACGUGGAGUUCAGGGCGGCACUGGACUGUGACAACGGGGAGACGUACUAUGGGGCUGCCGAAAUACACAAUUUCUGCUCAGAGGGAAACAUCUCAGUGACACCUCUGGGCCAGAACACUACAGACAUCCGAUUCCGGAUCACAUCUUCAACCUACACUGACGAAUACAUGGCCAUUUGCAUCGACCCAAGUCCCUGCCCUAGUUUGGGUCCAGUGGCCACAAAUGUGAACCAGCUGACUGGUCUGAACCCUGGCACUCGAUAUUGCUACAUGAUGUAUGGCCACAACGGGGGCACUGGAUUCUCCCCCAUGCCUUCCUCUACGCCCAAUGUCUACCUCUGCACUGAGCCGUCGCCUCCCAGCGCCGUGGUUCAAGACACGCCCCGCCUCUACAAUGAAGCUACCAUCUCGUGGACUGGUGCGCUCACCUACAAUCACCAGGGGAGCUACGAUGGGUUGGCCUUGCAGGGAGCGGACGGGGGGUCUUCAACUCUCACUUUCUCAUCUCUACAAGGGGCCACCUGCAAAGAUGCAACAGUGCAGGCGUUGUUUGAAUGCGUGAACGAUGCAGAUAACACACAAUCCUACAAUGUAACGGGAGAUUUUUCGGCUGUGGAAGUUUGCACUGCUCCGGAGAACGCGACUGCAGCUGUAGUUCCUGCUGGCGUCACUUCCUCUGUAAUCCGAACAUCCCUGGCGGUUGUCAACACCCCAGACGUGAAUGUGACCUAUGACAUCAAAAUCUACGAGACAGGCAACCCAGGGGUGGGAGAGAGUGACCAUCUGGACAAAAACGGACCCAACUUUGACAUCCCGGGCCUGGACUCUUGUACUGCCUACGACUACAUUGUCACACCUCAUUACAAUCCGAGAGCUACUCUGAAGAUCCCCGGAUACUCAAUCACAGUUGAGAAUGUUACCACUGCCCCGGACAACGUGGUCGGAGGGGGCGCUCAAGCGGACCACAGCGACGUGUACAUAUACAUCAACGGAAUCGGAAUGGGCGGAAACAAUGCGGAUGACCUAGAGGCCAAAAUAACUGCUGGGUCCCACGCCUCUUGUCCCGUGCCAGGGGGUGCCGCAGGGACAUUCAGUUCGGGUGGUACUAGUAAUAUCAACAUGACAGGUCUGGCUGAGGGGUGCGAGUACACUGUUGAGUUGAAAGCCAAGUGCAGGAAUUACGAGUCAGCUGCGGUGUACGUCCAGAAGUACUGCACAGAGCCGGCUCCUCCAACAGGGUUCAAGCAGGACCUCACUGCAUGUGCGGCUAACUCUAUCAAAAUGAGUUGGGACCCUGUAACCAAAACCCCUGCCCAGUCAUUCCAGGUGUUGCGUACUGGUGAUGCAGGAGGCUACAUUACCCAGACUUCGCCCUACACCCAAUCUACAGGACUGACUGCCUCCACUAACUACACGUACAAUGUGCAGUCAUUCUUCACCUGUGGCACACCUGGACCAGCCCAAGUGGUCACUAGUGUAGCCAGCCAAGCCGAGUUCAUCACAGGUCCUAGUGGAGCAACAAUAACGGAGAAAACCACCACCAGUACCCAAAUCGACGUCGAUUUCACCGUCGGAUCCACCAUCACUGCCUGGCGAAUGACGUACAAGGACGCCACCUCAGCCGGGGCACCCACUCCGCAGUCGCCCCAGCCGGCGAACACAGACACAACCGACAGCAUCACCACUGGCAUCGCUGCAUGCAAAACGUACACUGUGGAGAUAUUCCCAGACUACCAUGGGUGUGAAGGCGCCAGCGACAGCAUCAACAUCACCACCAACCCAGUUGACGUCGUCACUACGGGCAUUGCACAGAAUGACGUCACUCAAACCACAAUGCGACUGGAUACUUUCUCUACCGUGGAGGACUGGGAUAAGUUGACCUUAGAAGCAGUCAGCGCUGACGCAGGAUGUGGUGCCACUCCUACCACGACUAUCAAUGCGGGUGACACGUUUGCGGAUCUAACGGGAAUGCAAGCGGGAUGUCUGUGGAACGUGUCCUUUAUACACAAGUGUGGAUCUGGAGACAAGGCGUCGGCAACUCCGACUCUGAAAUUUUUCUGCACCGCACCCUCCACCCCCAUGCCAACCCAAGACUCAUCAGGCACCACCCAAACAGUGGGGGCGUUCGACUUCACGGCAAACACCCCAGCUGCCACAAGGUAUUACGUCACAGACAUCGAUGGAACUAACAGUGCAACACUCACUGCCACGAGUGGGACUCGACCCCUGGUUGCUAGGACGUGCAAGGAUUUCUCUAUUCAAGCGGAAUUAGACUGUGGAAAUGCUCCUGCCAGUGAUGUGAUCAAAGGAGACAAGAAAAACUUCACUCUCUGUCCGAGGCCUCCUCCUCCUGUUGUGAGCAACAUUGCGGCUACUAACGAGUCGCUGACCUUCACCUUUGACCUGAACCCGAAUCCGGACUCGUAUCUUCUGUGUUUCGGGCCAGCGGGAGGUCCCUGCACAAAUGCCACAGUAACUGAGACCUCACACGCUGUCACUGGUCUGAGUCCAUGCACGGAGUACGAGUACACUCUCUAUGCAGUGGAGAAUGGCUUGUACAGUAACAGUACAACUGUCACUGGUGUUUUUACAAAUCCGAACUCCGUACAAGGUGGCACCUCGCAAAAUACUGAGACUUUCAACUCUUUCAAAAUCACCGGCAUCACUGUCUCUGGAACUUACGAUCGCAUCAAUGCGACUGUCACUGCUGGAAACCCUUCGGGGUUGUGUCCGGUGACUCCCACAAUCAUGGAGUCGGACCCUAGUCCAGUGACUGAGAUCAACUUCGCUUCUGGACUGGAUCCAGGCUGUGAGUACACCAUUGAACUGGUGAGUCAGUGCGAUGGAUCUGGAGGGGCAUCCACAGCCCCAGCAACUAGUGUGACUCAUUGCACAUUGCCCGCUGCGCCCAUCACCUUCCAGCAAAUAGACUGCUCGGACACCUCUUUCAAAGUAAGCUGGGCUGCAAACGCCUCAGCCCCUUCGCACGACGGAUACGAGGUCAAGAUCAAAACAGACGCCACCUGGAUCCCAGCCACUGGAUUCGACCACGAGAUAACCACUGGAGUCACAGCUGGACAGUCUUACACGUUCCAGAUAAGGUCCAAGUUUGACUGUCCCAAUGCCGACGCGGAUUCGCUGUACUCAGACGGAUUUUCACCGGCGACUGAGGUCGUCGUCAGCACAGCCGCAACCUCGGUCAACGCAGCCAUCACCGGUCGCUCGGACACCUCUCUCGUCUUCUCAAUCGGGACCACCCCUUCGGGAACCCCAGUGACACAGUACACUGUGGAGAGAUGGAACAGUGCACAUGCCACCAAGCAGGCCACCAUCUACCCAGACGGAGCGGACACCAGUGCGAACUUCACUGGUCUAACAGAGUGCACUAAGUAUGAUAUAGACGUGAUAGCCAGUAGUCCUGGAUGUAUCUCGCCAAUGAAACAGCUUGACGAUGAAGCGACGCUUCCUUCCGAUGUUAGCCCGGCUAGUCUCUCCACUCCGGCUACCGACGUGACCAGCACCUCCUUCAAGAUCACGGGACUCCCUGGGUCGCCAACCAAGACUAUCAACGCCAGAGCCUUCAGCUCUACACCUGUAUGCACUGGCACUGAUUUCGACAGCACGACUACUACUGAGGUGACGAUGGAUACCCUGACUCCGGGUUGUUCUUAUACUGUGGAGUUCAACGCCACCUGUUUUGGAGGAGGAAGUGUGAACACGACGAGCAUCACUUAUUGCACAGCACCUGCCGCAGUUCCAGGUACUUGGGACCCCUCCACCACCAACACCACAGCCGCACCUUUCACGUUCACCCACCAUGACCCACUGCCGACAAAGUACGAAUACAAAGUUGGGGGAGGAGCUUUCAUUGACAUCGCCAACACGGACACUGGCGCUACUGCCGCAGUGACUGCCGGCACUUGCGUUGUCCUUACCUUGAGGGCGGAGUUGACGUGUAAUGGGGACGCCCUGGAGGGCGAUGAUGACACGUUCGAUAUUUGUGGAGCUCCCGAGCAGGCCAGUAUUAGUUCCAUCACCCCCAGUGAAACCCAGCUGGUUCUGACUUACGUCACCGCACCCGCAUCACCUGUGACCGACUUCAAAAUCAGCUACGUUCCCACCGCCGGAGGAGCCGCAACGGACAAGACAGGGGAGACAUCCCCCACCACCAUAAUGACCUUGGCUGGGUGCACCAGUUAUGAUAUCACAAUUACUCCUUAUGUCGAGGCACCAGAUGGAACCAGAGUUGAAGGACAGUCCAGCUCCAAUAAUAGUGUAUUCACUCUUCCUGCUGACGUCACCUCAGCCGGAGCUCAGGGCAUCUCCACCUCCAAUCAGACGAUCGAAAUCGUGAAUGUAAACAUGGGAACCGACAAUUUCGAGAAAGUCCAGGCCAUCAUCACUGGAACCUCAGACACCACCAACUGUCCAAUCCCUGCAAUUGUGAACUACAAGAGUAAUGUGAAUGAGAGGAACAUUUCGGUGCCGGGGUUGCCAGAUGCAUGCGAAUAUGAGUUCCAGUUGUCACCGCUGUGCGACGGGGAUACGUUGACUUCAGCAAACAACGUGUCGAACAAAUACUGCACAAAACCAAACGCGCCGGACACUCUGGUCCAGACUGCUUGUACGGAUACUUCGAUCAAUAUGACCUGGGUGAGUGGCUCUCCAGGCACCACUGGGUUCGACGUCUACAGCGGGGCUUUGUCUGCCUUCGUCGCAGACCAGACAUCUCCAUACGCUGAGGGCAGUCUGACUGCACACUCAAGUUACUCUUACUACGUCAAGGGAUACAAGAGCUGCACCGGAACACCGGCUGAGAAACUGUACGGGGAUGAUUCAGUUUCACACACUGUCUAUACAGCGCCUGGUGCUGCAACAAUCACUGUAGUCGAAAGUCUCGAAGAUUCAAUCAACAUCUCAUAUGCUUUGAGUCCAGACGUCGAUCCAGACAAAUGGAUGCUGACAUACCAGAAACUCGCGGGACCUCUCACUCCUGUGCCGGACAAGGUGGGAACGGACAAGCAGCACCUGUUCGCCACUCUGGACUCUUGUAGCCAAUAUACGAUCACAGUUGCGGGCAAGGAGGAGUCGGGAGACGUGGACUGCAUCGCCACCCCCACUUCUGAGAACCAUUUUACUGCUCCUAAAAUCAUAAAUGCUGCGGGAGUGUCUCAAUCAGCAGUGACUACUACUGGAUUCAAGAUCGGAACCCUCGAUACCACUGACUCUUCUGCUUGGCAGAGUGUGACUGCAACUGCCACCUCAAAUGACCCCGUCUGUACCCUUACAGAGACGGAAACAGUUGCCUACAGUGUGGGGGCUGAACUGACUUUUGCCUCUUUGCAACCAGGCUGUCCCUAUAAUAUAUCCUUUCAAUCUAGCUGUGGGACACACAAUUCAGCAUCCGCACCUCAAGCAAUUUACUGCACAAAACCAGCGACAGUGGUUAACUUUGCGGCGCAUAAUGUCACCAACGACUACAUAGUGCUAACUUGGGACGACAACUCUCCCGCACCCGACGCGUACAAGGUGAAACGGAGCACAGACGCAGGAUACACAGUGCACACAGACGUCUCCUCUCCCUUCCGAUUCCCUACCCUGGAUGACUCCACCGACUACACAUUUGAGAUCAUCGCCUGCAUCGACUGUGACGCCACCACAACCCCCGUGGGUCUGUGCAGUGUCGCCGCGACAACCGCAUCACAAACAGCGCCUGAGGACGCGGAUAUAUCUGUGACGGGACAGACUACCGCUACUAUAUCUCUCAAUCUGGACACAAAUCCAAGUGUUAGUCCAGUUGACACUUGGGUUGUUAGCUACACGGUGUCAGGAGGAGGGCCGAGCACCACAAGUUCUGUCACUGUCACAGGUAGCACUCCCGAUAGCACUAUAAUAUCCGGAUUGAGCCCGGGUACCCAGUACAACAUCACGGCAACACCCUACUUCGAUGGAGUGGCCGGCAACCCAGACACCAUCUACGGGCACUGCACCACUCCCGAUAACGUAGAUUUUACCGGUCUCAUGUGGAGUGACUUCCAAAAGACGACUCUCAACUUCUCCGGUCUUGCAGUGGUGGGAUCAUAUGACUACAUACAGGUAUCAGCAGCCUGUCCUCCCUCUCCCGCAGUGCUUCUUAAUCUGACAAAUCCGACAACCGAAGGACAACUCACUGGUUUGACCGAGGGCUGCAAACAUACUCUAAGCGCGACUGCCUACUGCGGGACCAGUGCUGGCACAGUUCAGACGGCCACAACGAAGGAACAGUGCACCCUGCCUGACCUGGUGAACAGCCACAACCUGCCAUUUGCAAACACUCCUUCCAGCUACGCUGUGGACACUCUGACAGUGGCCAACGGAGUCUACACCGAGAUAUACAUCACAGCUACCACCACACAGAACUACUGCAACAACCAAACUGUGACCAAAUCAACGACGAGUAACGCCGUAACCUACACGACCUUGAAAGCGGGCUGCAAGUACAAUUUCCAGGCCAAAGCCACCUGCACAGACGACUCCGCUACUCAACACGAGUCCGCAACCACCUACGACUUCGCACAAUGCCUCGCACCGGAUGUGACAACUGGCAGCGCCAGCAACCCGACGGUUGAUUCAGUCCGACUGACCUUGAACGUCAACACUGGAUCGGCCACCAAGUUCAACAUCACGUUCACUCCUGCAGACACUAACGGGGACACAGGGAUUCCAGACGUCAGCGCCUCCGUGCUUCCGGCCACAGUGACUUUGGGAAAUCUGACGUCGGGCACUAGCUAUACAGUGACAGUGACUGCGUACUGUGACGAUGUGCCCUCCACCUCGCCAGCUGUCUUUACGGCGGCACCAUUGAGCACGAAGACGUGUAACGAUGCAAUCAACACCUAUAGCGUGGCCCCGACUUCAGAGGAGUGCGACUUUGUCAACCAUUGUCCGGACGGUAGCGACGAGGCCGCGGGCUGCGGAGGAUGUGCGGUGGGAUCCUUCCGGUGUCAUAACAACACCCCGACUGCCGUGCCCACUCCCGCCGCUCCCUACUUCGCACUCUUCACGUCAACAGCAGGUUGCAUCCCAUCUAAUAAGGUGUGCGAUGGCAAUAAUGACUGUGGCGACUUCAGUGAUGAGGAAUAUUGUGCGACUACUUUGACAUCCAACACACAGUUCACAUGUGACGACAAUACUAUCUUGGAGACGAGUGGUGCUGGAUAUCAAGUUUGCAAUGGACUGAAUGACUGUCUGGGCUCUUCUUGGGUGGACGAAGGAGGCACCACUCACAAGGGCUACGAGGACGAGAUGGGCUGCUCGGGCUGUGCUGUGAACCAGUACGCAUGCAAAGAAGACGUCACUAAAUGUGUGGCCGACACAACUAUAUGCGAUGGUUCUAAUGACUGUGGAUUUUACGAAGAUGAAAUGGGAUGCAACGCAGGUACUUGUCCCAAAGACCAGUUCGAAUGUCCCUCUGACAGCUCAUGCUUGGCGGCAGGCGCCGGCGGCAAAGUUUGUGACGGAGUGAACGAUUGUGGCCGCCUGGAGGACGAGUUGAAUUGCAACCGACAGUGCUCUGACAACACUGGAAGUGUCUCAGACUUCUUCUGCUCCACUGCGCCGACUACUACCCACGCGGAUUCCAGGUGUGUCAGCAACAAUAGUGUUUGCGACGGAAUCAAUGACUGCCACCCAAGUUUCAAGUUCAAGGACGAAUUCGCAUGCGGCGGAUGUGCGGCGAAUGAGAUCAAAUGUCAGGGUGCAAUCAGGGCCGCCUCUGACAAUGGGGCGGGGUGUGUGUCGACAGUGUGCGAUGGGAACAACGACUGUGGAGACUGGCAGGAUGAGUGGAAUUGCCUUGCUGCAUGUCUGGAUGGCUUCGACUGUGCAGGAACAGGGGGUGGAGGCACCUGCAUCACCGACAAAACCCUCAUGUGCGAUGGGUACAACAGCUGCGGACCCACUGACAAGUACGCCGAUGAGAUCGGCUGCGGCACCAAUGAUGGCUGCCUUGCCACACAGUUCAAGUGCAGGACCACGACACCUGUGAAGUGCGUUGAUGCCGCGAAGCUGUGUGACGGCGUGAACGACUGCGGAGACUACUCGGACGAAGGAAACUGUAACGCAGCUUGUGUGACUACGCCUCAAUUAUACUUCUAUUGUCCGACGACGGCCACCUGUGUCCUGUUAUCGGACACUUGCGACUCAACGAACGACUGCGGGUUGUACGAGGACGAGAAGGGGUGCAGCCCUUGUGCGUCCAAUCAGAUCAAAUGUGGGGGUACUUCUUGUAUCUCGGACGCUCUUGUGUGUGACAAGAACAAUGAUUGCGGGGACACUUACAACUACGUGGACGAACAAGGAUGCGGACCUGGUCUGGCGACACCCUGUGUGGGAGCGAACUUCCUUUGUCCCGACAACACCACUUGUAUCCCGAUAGCAGACACGUGCGACGGAACAAAUGACUGUUUCGACCUUGGCGACGAACUGGCCUGCGGCCCCACCUGUUUCGCGGCUGGCUCCACUAAGUUCGAGUGCAACAACACCAACACCUGUCUCGACAGCACAGGUGCCACCGACAAAGUGUGUGACGGACAUAACGACUGCGGAGGAACUAAAUUCCUAGACGAGCUGGGAUGUGGCUGUUCACCUGACAAGGACGAGUUCAUGUGUUCCGGAUCUACAUGUAUUGCAGCAGCCAGGCUAUGCAACAACGAAAAUGACUGCGGAGACUACGGAGACGAAUUCAACUGUGCCGGCAACUGUGCCGGGAAUGAGUUCGAGUGUCUCAACUACGCGUCCUCCUCCAAGUGUGCCACCGAGGCAGAAAUAUGUGACGGCUUGAACGACUGUGGCGACUACUCGGACGAGUGGAACUGCGACGGAACAUGCACAUCCGACCCCACCGCCGGAAGCAAUGCGAAGAUGUUUGCUUGUGGGGGCACUGCUGCCUCGGCCUGCAUCACCUAUGCGAAGACAUGUGACGGGUACAACGACUGCGGACCCGCCGGAAACUACCGCGACGAGUUCAACUGUACGUGUGCACUAGCUGACCACUAAAUAUUUAAUGUUUUUUU